AACUCGUUCUCCUCCAUCGCGCGAGUCCUUCCUGGUCCUGGUCUGGGAGAAUACCCAAAACAGGCCAAAACCGGGCUGAAGAGCAGAGACCAGGUCGUCGAAGCUCAGAAGCCCGAUGAAUACGACGAUUCCGCCAAAUCCUGCUCUCUGUCACCUUCUCAAGCUUGUCCUGUGCCUCGUUAACUCCCAAAACUAUCUUCCUGCUCGGACCAUCGUCGGCUUGUAGACCAUCGACCUUAAAUACCCGCCUUCCUCCUUUGUUCUUUGUUUUCUCUCCGUCUGCUCUCUGUUCUCUCUGUUUCUCCUGCUGUACCAAUGACCCCCUUCGCGACCUUCAUCGGCCGCGUCUUUGGCCUCAAUCCAAAGGUGCGGCCGUAUCUCCUCGAGGCCCGCGCUUCUGGCUUCACCAUCGGCUUCACAAUCACCUUGGCGGUCUUCAUGGACAUCUUCCUCUACGGCGUAAUUGUCCCCAUCGCGCCCUUCGCCCUCGCCGAACGCAUGGGCGUCCCUGAGGACAGAGUCCAGAAAGACGUCUCCAUCUCUGUCUUGGUCUACGCUGCCGGUCUUCUCGCCGGAUCGCCUGUCUUUGGCUACCUCUGCGACACGUACCACAACCGUCGCCUCUUCAUGAUGAUCGGCCUCGUCGCCCUCGCCGGCGCAACCCUCAUCCUCUGCCUCACCCGCUGCCUCUGGCUCUUCAUCGUCGGCCGCCUCGUCCAAGGAGUCUCCGCCGCCUCGGUCUGGACCGUCGGCCUCGCUCUCGUCAGCGACUCCUUCUCCGAAGAGCAUAUCGGCAAGAUGAUGGGCAUCAUUGGCACCGGCAUGAGCCUCGGCACUUUCCUUGGCCCGUUCCUCGGCGGCAUCGUCUACGAUCGGGCGGGAUACUACGCCGUCUUUGGCGUCUGCUUUGGCAUUAUCGCCGUCGACAUCUUUCUCCGCUUCUUCAUGCUCGAGAAGAAAGACCUCUAUCGGUUUCAGUCCGAGUCCGCUGUUGCUGACAACGAGAGCAACGUCGACGAGAGCAACGUCGCCGACAGAGUGACAGACAAAGACGCCAGCGACCAAUCCACCUCCGCACCGCAAUCAAAAGUACCAGCAGUCAUCCGCCUGCUCGGCAACAAACGCAUGCUCAACGGCCUCUUCCUCACAAUCAUCAUCGGCUGGGUGCUCACCGGUCUCGAAACGACCCUCCCGCUCCGCGCAGAAGACAUCUUCGACUUCUCCUCCCUCGGCACCGGCAUGCUCUUCCUCCCCAUCGCCAUCACCUCCUUCCUCGGGCCCUUGGCCGGAUGGUGGACAGACCGCUGCGGCGCGCGCUGGCCGCUCGCAACCGGCUUCUUCUUCUCAACCCCGUUCCUCAUCAUCCUCCGUCUGCCAGAAGACAACCGCACAUCCCAGAUCGUGCUCAUGUUCGCCCUACUCUCCCUCCUCGGCCUCUCGGCCUCUCUCCUGAUCCCGUCCGUGAUGGCCGAGAUCUCGGUGAUUGUCUUUGACGCCGAAGCAAAGCAGCCGGGCAUCUUUGGCAAGCACAGCGCCUACGGCCAGGCCUUUGCGUUGUUUAACCUCGCGUACUCGGCCGGCAGCGUGUUUGGGCCUCUGGAAGCAGGCUUUGUUGCCGACGCCGAUGGGUUUGGAACUAUGGCGUGGUCGCUGGGGAUUAUCUCGUUUGUGGCUUCUGUGCUUGCUAUUUUGUUUACUGGGGGGUAUCUUUUUAAUCGUAAGGGUGAUGAUAACGUCACGCAGCAGCAGCAGCAGCAGCAGCAGGAAGAGAGUGAGAUUGCAGUGGUUGCGGAAGAGGAAAAAGGAGUUUCGGUGUGAUUUUUUGUGUUAUUUGAAAGUUGAAUAUUAGCAUUAUUGUAAUUACCAUUCUCAACGCCGUCGAUUCACUUUUCAGAAAUCAGACA